AUCAGCCAAAACGCGGAUUUUGGUGCUACCAAACGGGCUUGAGGAGUAUGACUUCUCUCCCUGUUCUUCGGAUUUUCCUGCCUCUGUUACUGUUAUUCGGAUCCUGUUGCUCGACCCGAAUCAGCCUUGGAGUAGACUUGGAAGCCGAUCUGAAUCUGCAGAAAGAUCAGAGAGAGUUCGAUUACUUCAUGCUCUCUCUGGAGUGGCCCGGAACCGAAUGUAACCACACUAAGAAAUGCUGUUCCGCCAAUGGCUGUUGCCGCUCCAACGCGAUUAUUGGAUUCACGAUUCAUGGACUUUGGGCUGAAUAUAAUGGAGGCAAAUCAUGGCCUUCGUGCUGUGAAGGUUCACAAUUUAAUGAAACUGAGAUCUCAAGUUUACUGGAUGAUUUGAAUAAGUACUGGCCAUCUUAUAGAUGUGGUACCUCCAAAACAUGCCAUGCUAGUAAAGGACCAUUUUGGGCUCAUGAGGUUUUUAAACAUGGAACAUGUUCCUAUCCAGUUGUUCAAAAUGAAAAAGAAUACUUCCUGACAGCCCUCAACCUGUACUUCAAAUACAAUGUUACAGAAGCUUUGUUCAGGGCUGGAUAUGUACCCUCAAACUCUGAAAAGUACCCCCUAGAAGGCAUCAUUUCAGCCAUUCAAAAUGCUUUCCAUAUUAACCCAGAAGUUGUUUGCUCUGGUGACGCCUUGGAAGAACUUCGGCUUUGCUUCUAUAAGAACUUCGAGCCGCGUGACUGUGCAACAGAAUCCAGUAGUGUAAGUGCCAAGAUCUCUUUGAAAAGCUCAUCAUGCCCUUCUUAUGUCAGCUUGCCAAUACAUGAUGCAUCACAAUGGCUGGUGAAAAAGGAAGCUGCCAUCUUUCAGUCUACAUGGUAGAGCGCUGAUCAGAGCAUUUAUUGAAGGAGAAGAUAGUUGGAGAGCCUAAUUUGGGAUUUCCUGUGCUUUCCUUUAAUUUUAUGGCCAACUGAUCCUUGAAAUGCAAACUCUUGCAAUGAUUGUUGUAAAAUAAUAAACGAGUCAAAGUUUCAGCCUGAAACUACCAUUUCAAACUAACUAAAUGUCUAAAUAAAAUAUCCUGCAGACUGCAAAUUCAAAUGACAUAAUUUGUUGAUUAUCGAAGGGACAAUGUAUUGAUCAUUUAGUUAUACUUUUUUUAUAAUGGGAA